CAUCGACGACAUCUCUUCCUCCUCUCUCUGUCGAAAUCUCAUUGAUGAUCUUUGAUCCGUUUGUUCGUCGGUGAUUAUGGCGUUCUCUUGUGUGAUUUCGUCGAAAUCCCAUCAUCGGGUCUUCCUUUCUCGUCGCUCUAUCUCUAUCUAUCAAACCAGAGAAGAAGAAGAAAAGAGAAUCGGACAUGGCUUUGCCGAGCAAACGCCGAGAGAUGGACAUGAUGAAAUUGAUGAUGAGUGAUUACAAGGUGGAUACUGUCAACGACGAUUUGCAUAUGUUCUAUGUCACUUUCCAUGGCCCCACUGACAGUCUUUACGAAGGAGGUGUGUGGAAGAUCAAAGUCGAACUCCCUGAAGCUUAUCCUUACAAAUCUCUUUCUGUUGGUUUCGUUAACAAGAUUUAUCACCCCAAUGUUGAUGAAUCUUCUGGCGCAGUUUGCUUAGAUGUAAUAAACCAGACAUGGAGUCCAAUGUUUGGUAAUUUAUAAAUAUAUUCUCUGUGUCU